AUGAGUGAGCCGUACAAUCCCAGAGAUCGGAUUAAAAACCAUCUGAAGCGAAAGUCGACAAGCAGUAGAAAUGUGACUUUACCGGCGGCUCCUGCUCCUGUAUCAUUUGAAGGCCUUGAUGUGAACACAGAGAGCUGCCCGGUGCCCACAAAUAACCCGUUCAGAGUAGGAUCUCCUCAAAAGAAGCGGCGGAACCAAGUGACGUUCUGUGAUGAAACAGAAGAUGCGCAGGAUUCGUUUGGAGCCAAUUAUUUGAAAGUUGCGGAAUCGCAAAAAACGAAGACGAAAUCGCCGAUGAAAGCGUUGAGAACGUCGCCAAGGAAGCGAAAGACUCCACACUUUGCCAGGGUGAAAAGUUUCGAUCCGACUUUGCUCCAAGAAUUCCACGCAGUCGACUUCUCACAACUCCUUCCCGCCUCGUCGUCGUCCGGAUCUCUUCCUGUGGUUGAAUUGGAAUCUUCUCCAGAUAUCCCAGUUGAUAAUCGGAUCGGUGGAAAGCUCCGAUUAGUCUCGAAAUUCCCAUUUCCCUGGAUGAAUACUCGGAAAUCCACGGGGAUCGUCGCAGUGCGGAUACCAGCGAUAGAGCGAUAUGACGCAGUGAAAUACCAUAAUCGAAUGUAUAUUUCUGGACAAGAGGACCCCUCAGUGUACUCACCAUCGUCUGUGCUAGCUCUCCUCGAAGCUUCUGCGCUCUAUUAUCAAUUUCCAGUAGUGCCCGGAAUGACGUUGUACCCAAGAAUCACUUCGGAGUUGAAAAACGUGGCACGGGUACCUCUCCCACCUCUUUGUACGGACACCAUGUUCACCCAGUGGGUCGAGUGCUAUGAGCAACUUUUCAUGUCUUAUAAGAAAGGCGAGAGGGAUCACUUCUACGUGGCAUCCGCUGUCUUCAAUGUGUUAUUUACUAAGAAGCCAGAAAAUUCAGAAGACGUAGAUGUGUUUGGUGGACCUGAUGAGACAUCACAAUCAUGUUUUGGAAGAGGACAGGAGCUAGUGGCACUGGUAUCACAUACCACGUCAUCGACAAGAGAGCACUUGAGGAAACAAGGCGUCGAUUAUGAAGUGAUUGGAGCGAAAACGAGCAUGAAACGGAGCAGUAGUGUGUGCCUAUUUGGUCCCAACACGAACACUAUGGACUGUCUGCUUACGGAUUCUAGAGAGAAUUCGAGGCUGGGAGAAACCUUGCCAUCACUGCCACCAGUGGAUUCGUGGAUUCUGGGGGAUGAUAAGAAGGAUUUGAAAAGAGAUAGUGAUCAAAGUGAGGAGGAUGAGAAUGAUAGUCCGACGAAAGCCAAUGCGGACUGGCUGAAAGAAGUGGGCGUGUCUCCGCGACAAGUCAAAGGUGUUGGCAAUGCGAGGAGGCAACUCUCCACCCAGCUCUCCGAACGCGACGGCAUUUCCUGUCUUCUUGUGAAAGGUCCCGCUGUGCAAUCUCUCUACAACACCUUGAUGACAUCAGAUAUUGUUCAUGAGAAGACAGGCCCCUACACAAAAAUCCCGCCUACUUUGAUAGCGAGCUCACCGUUUUUGUAUGGGCAGCUGUUGAGUUUGAAUAAAACGUCCCAAAUCAUCUCAAAAGCGGGCUCGAAGUGCUCAGAGUACGUGCUGGAAAUGGAUAAAGGACCCAUUCUACCGCAUUGCUCCAAAAUGCUAACCAAAUUCAUUCGUGCCGCGCAGCUCUGUCGCGACGAGAAAACCGUACAAGUCCAGGUCGCCGAUCGACAUACGGGACAGGGAAUGUCCGAUUGGACUGAUCGAUCGACAAACUGGAAUACGGUCACGGUGCAUGAAGAUUGUGUCAAAUGGACCAAAAAGGAAUAA